CCUAGGGUUUAUUUUGAAGAGCUGUGCAUGGCAUUUCUUGUGGAUGGUUAUCCUGUUGAGGAUAUGUGCUAAAUGUGAGUCUAUAAUUGAUGAUAUCAAAACCAUCAGCAUCGAGACUUACCAUUCCAAGAUGAGGACAUGGUACUACUCCAUACUCACUUGUUCUUCAUCCUAAGCAUUGUGUCGUUGGAUGGCAUGCACUAUAGUUAGAUGAGUUGUUCACUGGUAUGCAAUUAUGGGAAAUUUAGAGAUAUAUGAUGCACAAAGUGGCGAGAGGCGCAUAGUGGUGAUUAAACUUCCCGGUUCAAAUGAUUAUGAGGAGCGUGCUCUAGUGGACUCUUAUGAUGGGCUUGUGCAAUAUGGAUGGAGCAAUGAGUCGGGCAUGGAGAUAUGGGGUCUCAAGAGUAGUGACCAAGGCGUUUCUUCGAGCAAGUGGGACCUGAGAUACAGGUUGAAAUUCAAGACGAUGCGGAGGAGGAACUUAAGAAUGAUGGCAGCAGGAAGUUGCAGGUUCGAUAAAGAAACUCAGAUAGUAUCCUUCUACGCAAAGGACUUCGAUUUUGUUUAUAUUAGGUCUAGUUUCGAGAUAUUUGUCUAUCAUCGUGGAACUGAACAGUAGAGCCUAUUUCUGAUCAUGGACGUGGGUCUUCCAUAAUGUGGGAUUUCAACAAAGUGGUUCCUUACUUUAGACCUUGAUGGCCUCAUUCUUCUGUGCGCGGUGCAAUAUAAUUUGGUUUUUCUUUUCUUUCUCCUCAACCACCUACCAUGUAGAUCCUCUAUGAUAUAUGUAGUAUUUUCCAUGGAACGCAUGUCUCUGACCAUUUUGGAUAAGUCAACUUCUUGGUUGUUAGUUGGUGUCUGUGAGGCCCUUCAAUUCUCUAUUUCAUCUUAUGCAUGUUGGUUCUCUCUGGUGUAGAGGCCAGUUAUAUAUACUGUUUUGAAAGGUCUCUUAACACUUGAUCUUCGGUUGAACCUCUUUUGUGUUACGAUUUUGGGUUAAUGUCUGAACGGUUUCUGAUAACAUGGAGAUGACGAUUGACCAAUGGGUUUGUGAAAAUAGGUUUUUCGGUUUAUAGCCGACAUUUAAUAUAUUUUGCAGGGAUCA